AUAGAAAAAUCAAGAAAGAUGUCUAAGCAACAACCAACUCAGUUUGUAAAUCCAGAAACUCCUGGCUAUGUUGGAUUUGCAAAUCUUCCCAAUCAAGUUCACCGAAAAUCAGUGAAAAAGGGGUUCGAGUUCACACUGAUGGUGGUUGGUGAAUCUGGUCUAGGAAAAUCAACUCUCAUAAACAGCUUAUUCCUGACUGAUCUCUACCCAGAAAGAAUUAUACCAGGAGCAGCAGAGAAAAUUGAAAGAACUGUCCAAAUUGAGGCUUCAACUGUUGAGAUUGAAGAGCGGGGCGUCAAGCUUCGGCUUACAGUAGUGGACACACCUGGCUAUGGGGAUGCCAUCAACUGCAGGGAUUGUUUUAAGACAAUCAUCUCCUACAUUGAUGAGCAGUUUGAACGCUACCUGCAUGACGAGAGUGGUCUGAACAGGCGGCACAUCAUUGACAACAGGGUACAUUGUUGCUUCUACUUCAUCUCACCGUUUGGACAUGGAUUGAAGCCCUUAGACGUUGCAUUUAUGAAAGCCAUACACAAUAAGGUGAAUAUUGUGCCUGUCAUUGCGAAAGCGGACACACUCACUCUGAAGGAGCGUGAGCGGCUAAAGAAAAGGAUUUUGGAUGAAAUUGAAGAGCAUAACAUCAAAAUCUACCAUUUACCAGAUGCAGAAUCAGAUGAAGAUGAAGAUUUUAAGGAACAGACUAGACUCCUCAAGGCCAGUAUCCCAUUCUCUGUGGUUGGCUCCAACCAGUUGAUUGAAGCCAAAGGCAAGAAGGUUAGAGGUCGUCUCUACCCGUGGGGUGUUGUGGAGGUGGAGAACCCAGAACACAAUGACUUCCUGAAGCUGAGAACAAUGCUCAUCACCCACAUGCAGGACCUACAGGAAGUGACCCAAGACCUUCACUAUGAAAACUUCCGUUCUGAAAGGCUGAAGAGAGGUGGCAGGAAAGUAGAGAAUGAGGACAUGAAUAAAGACCAGAUCUUGCUUGAAAAGGAGGCUGAGCUUCGCCGCAUGCAGGAGAUGAUUGCAAGGAUGCAAGCCCAGAUGCAGAUGCAGAUGCAGGGUGGGGACAGUGACAGCGGGACACUCGGGCACCAUAUGUGAGAAAACACUGUUGGAUAAAAAGAAAAGUAUUCCUGAUAAGUGCUGCAGCAUCACGUUUUUUAAUACUCUUGAAAGCGUGCCAUCCGAAUUUAAGUCCCUGUGUCUGAGGAUUUCAGUUGGUUUUUUGGUUUUUUACUUUUGAUGGUUUUGAUUUUUGGUUCUUUUUCCCCCUCUGGUAUGAAGUACAUUUAACAUUUAUAUUUCAUUGCUAUGUUACACUUUAUGUUGCGUGAAGUAAACCCUGAUUUUCUUCUUCCUUAACCACUAAUGUUAGAAUUUAUUUCUAAGAAUCAGUCAACCUGUCUACUGGUAAUAGUGAAUUUCUUUGAUUGAGCUGGCCUGACUAAUCAUUGACAAGUACUCUUGAUUUAUGUCUAGACAUUUUUGUUUGCUCAGAAUAUCCCUGUGUGGUGGACAUGAUGUGCCUGUGACAGAGGUGGCUGUGCAUACUUGGUGGCAGAAUAUUUGCUUAAUAGAAUGAAGUCACACUGUUAACUUUAUAUUUGUGCAGAACACCUAAAACUGCUUUUGCUGCUGUAGUUAAUACGGUUAAUUCAUCUGCACAUUUAUCUGUUAACCAGGCAGAACAGAGGGUUAUCUAAUGAGAGAAUGUUUAUACUUCAAUAGCUUUUAAAAAGCAGGAUUUCAGGGUUGAAUUUUAAGAGCUCUGGAUUCUAGUGCCAGAUCCUUUUCAAACCUCUGUAGAGAACUCACUACAAGGACGUUUUAUACUGUGGAUGCUGAUUAUGCUACGCCUUGGAGAAAACCAAAGCAGCUAUGAGCUCCAGCUUCUUAUUGUAACAAGACUCUACACAGUAAGAGUCAAUAAACUUUUUACUCAACUAAGAAGGCAAUACUUUUUUAAAGAAACCAAAUGUUUAUAUUUUAUACUGCACUUUAAUGUACUUUGUAUAACUAGGUGCAAAAGAUCAGCCAUGGCAGUGGAAAUCAUAGUCCUUAGCUGGCAUGGAUCUGAACCCAGGCUUGUGAUUGGGAGGUGCUCUUGCACAAAAGCCACUUGAAGCCCCAAUGCCUGCCAGGUUUUCCUCUAACUCUUCCCUUUUUCAGUGAUUUUCUACUGAGAGGAAAAUAACCGUUUUUCCAUUUGCAGACUGUCUCAUCUGUUUUCAGUCAUUGUCAUUUUCCUCAGUUUGUGUAGUAUAAAAUGUCUUCAUGGCAGGAAUGAAAGGCAAUUCAGAUCUGUGCCGCAAACAGAUGAGCAAAGCCGUGCCUGGUUUAUAGUCUGGCACUCUGGCCUGCCUUCUCUUGCCAUGUCUUCUAAUGUCAGAAAGGGGCGAGUGAAGGAGACUGGUAUGGGGGAAGCAAAGCAGAGUGCUAGUUCUGUGCUUUCAUUUGGCUUCGGAAGAAAGUGCUUGGUUGAGGCAGGGAUUUGUGUUUAAUUCAGGCCAAAAGUCAGUAGUAGUACUAGUAAAAUGAGAUGUAAGAGUUGUUAGUUACAAAUUACAGGAAAUAAUAUGCUCAUUUUGCCUCUUUAUUAUUGCAUCACUGUGAAUGGCCAGGGGUUCAUUGUUAAAGUUCUUUAGAGUACACCCAUACAAUUCUUUGUUUGGGUUAUUUUGUCAUUAAUUUGAUUGGAGAAUUUUUUUUUUUUUUUUAAAGAAAAAAAAACAUUUCCAAGUAUUCAGUGGGAGCCCCGUGUUUGUGAGUUAAGAUUGCCAUUUAGGGCCAGCUGACAUCUAAGGAUGGCCACAAUUCUAAAUCCCCUUUCAGUUUUUCCACCCAAAUCUAAAUAUAUACUUUUGCUAAUAAGUAAAUGCUCUCUAAGAAAUAACUUGUACCUGUAGAAAUGUAUUUUGAAAACACAUUUUACACAUCAACUUUGUAGCCAUUUAAACUAACCCUUUUUCAAUAAAGCACUAUUGUUUAGAUAUUAAA